AUGGCGUUCCCGGCGCCCGCUAAGGAAGAGUCCAAAGCAAGAGCCCCCAGAUUCGAACUUGAAACGGAGCCUGAGGCCCUCCCCAAGGCACCACCUGAACCGGCCCCCAGGCGAGAAGAGUCCAUCAUCCCCGCCAAGGAAGCACUCAAAAAUGAAACCCCGAAGGAUGAGCUCCAGUUUAAACCUGAGCCACUAGCAAGGGCUAUUAAGGAGAAACAACCCGAUCUUGAGCCUCAGCCCAAAGUCCAACCCGAGCCACCAGCAGAAAAGCCGAAGAAGGCAGAGCGUAACCCUGUGCCUGAACCCGUCCCUGCCAAGGAUGGGCCGAAAGCUCCUGUGGAGAGGCCUAAGGAGGAUGCGAAACUGACGACUUUCCCGCCAGUGACUCUGGAGGAAUCGAAGCCCAAGGCACCUCCCCCAGUCUCAAUCGCGGAAGUGAAACCUGAAUCUGCUUCGCUAGUCACUCUGAAAGAAUCGAAACUCAAGGCUCCUCCGCCAGUCACGCUGAAGGAAGGAAAGCAGUCUCUUCUCCCGGUCACUCUGGAGGAAUCGAAAGCCAAGACUCCUCCACCUGUCGCUCUAGAGGAAGUGAAAGCCAAAACUCCACCACCAGCCACCCUGCAGGAACUGAAACCCAAGACACCUCUACCAAUCACACCGAGGGAAUCGAAACCCAAGAGUCCCCCACCAGUCACGCUGGAGGAACCGAAACCCAAGACUCCUCUCCCAGUCGCUCUUGAGGACGUCUCCAAAAUAGAGCACCCCGCUGAGGCUCCAAAAAGGUCUUGGGCCGAAGACUCUUGGCAUCUUGAGGAAGAUCCGCAGGAACAAGAUUCAUGGGAACAGGUCGAUCCAUGGACACCGGGAGUCGAAUCAACACCGACGGUCGAACCAACUCCGGCCGUUGAGCCAAUCCCAGAAAUUGCGCCUCCUCCGGAAGUCCUGCCAGCUCCCAUGAUUCUUGCCCCUCCUCCAGUUGCCCCGGCCCCUAGGACUCUUAGGGCGCCAUUUACGGCAUUGCCCCCGAUACAAGCCGAGAUUCCGAUCAGCAUUUGGGUCUGGGCUAGUGCUUGA